AUGAACAACUGGAGUUCAAGUGAAUCACUUAUCAGCUCCCAUGUAUAUUUUGGAGAAGACGACAAUUAUUACGGCAUCAAAAUUUACGACUCCGAUUUUGACGAAGAAGAUAGUGAAAGUGAAGAUGACUCAACGAUAGAAUGCAAUUCAAGCUCCUCCUCGACAGGAAUCCCCCAAGAUAGUCCCUACAGCUUGGGAUCCAUGUCAGAAGCUACUCUCUUCUCAUUCGAGGAGGGACAAUUUUCUGGAAUAGAUGAACGGAGCAGUUAUGAAAACAUAUCAAGUCAAGGACCACACGACGAUGAUUCGGACACUGUUGUGUUAAGCGAGAGUAUAGACAAUAUCAGUCCACUCCUUACUCCCUCCUCGUCGCCCCCCAAAGAUGAUUCACCUGUAUUGCUGAGGCGGAAAGAUAGCACUAAAGGGACCCAAUCGAAAAGGGACGCUGUUAAAAAAUUGUCUAUGCAAUUCUUAAGAGGCGUCUCUCCUUUUAGACAGUCAUGCUUGGGGACGAGUAACCAUCAUGGCAAUCAUCAGAAAGGUUGUGACGAAUCAAAUGCAAAUGCUGAUGUAUGGCAGGGGCCUUCUCAUGAUGACGAUUCCCAAACAGAAGAGUCAAAAAUGGAGGACUGGGAGAAGUAUAAAGCAGGGGGAAUAUUUGAUAUGACCGAAGAAGAUUUAAGAAAGUCAAUAAUGCUUCUUCGGAAAGGGAAGAGUUUAGAGAGCCUGCUUCAAGUGGGGCUAAGUUCCUCCUAUGAAAAUGUAGAAUCAGACGGAGUAGAAUCAGACGGAGUAGAGGCAGACGGAGUAGAGGCAGACGGAGUAGAAGCAGACCGAGUGGAAGCAUACGGAGUAGAGGAAGUGGAGGAAGAAAACGACGACGCGGUAAAAAGAAUAUACCUAUCAUGUCUUGAAUAUUUAACACGUGAGGCACAAACGGGUGUAGUUCGGGAGAGAAAAUUUUCUGAGCAGGCGACCGAUGACGUGCAUAUCUACGGUGGAGAUCGUGCCAAUGAGGACAAAUCUGAACUCAAUAGGUUAAGUACACUUUCUUCUAUGUAUGAAGGGAAGAAGGAGGAAACAAGACAAAGGAGGUUACAUCGCGGCCGCUUUGCUCACGAAUUGGAUAAUGAUCGUGAAUCGGAUCCCGAUAUUCCCAGGGAAGAGGACUACACAUAUAUGCAAAACGUGACAAUGGAAGCAAAUAACCCAUUAGAUAAUGUCAGUGUAGGUUCACUGCCCAUUGAAUUCAUCGAAGAGUGA